AUCCGCUCGGAUAUAUUCAAUUACAGUGGCCAGUUUUAAAUAACUGUUGUCGGGCACGCGAAGGGAAAGAAAGGACAGAUAAAUAGUUCAAAUACCGUGUCAACGCGCGAGAACCCGAACGGGAAGAAAUGACGAGGAGGGCGAACGGGUCUCGACAAUAGGCACGUUUUUUCGAAUACAAAACACCGGCACCAUGGCUGCAACAAUGAUCGCAUUAGCUGUUUCCACGUUGUACGUUGUACUUACUAGUCUCAUAGCGUAUUGGGCAAGAAGAUACGUGAACUAUUAUAUACGGGACCCGUUCGUGAGAUCCCUAUUUUUGGAAGGCAUUGCUACCGCCGAACUCUGCGGGGCAUGCUUCGAACUCAUAAUAAUCGCGGAGAACUGGGGUGUCUCUAUGUACGGUCUGUUUCUGUUCGUACUGACGAUUUGGUGGGCCAUGAACUGGGGCGACGCGAGCGCCUGCCCUUAUACGCACAUCGAGGAAAUGGUCGAGGGCAAGAAAUCGCUGCGUGACGCCUUCCUUUUGAUCUGGGCUGAACUUGUCGGCGGACUUGCAAUCUUUCGAUACGUACAAUUGCUAUGGGCGCUGGAGAUUGUUUCGACCCACAGGAACAAAGCGUUUGAGGACUGUACAACCGAUUUGCAAGUGCCUGUAAUAUUCGGAGCAUUUGUCGAAUGCGCAGCUACAUGUGUCUACAGGGUGGUUUCGCGUGCUUUGAGCGAGAUAAACCCAAGGUUCAGCAUUGUGAUUGACUCGUUUAUUGGGACAAGUUUGGUUAUCGCAGCGUUCGAUUAUUCCGGCGGCUACUUCAAUCCGGCCCUGGCUACCGCUCUGAAGUACGGAUGUUUGGGAACUACUUUUAUGGAGCACGUGAUAGUCUACUGGGUCGGCGCGUGUGCCGGUUCCAUCGUCUCUUUACGAGUGUAUAGGCUGCCGAUUAUUCGAAGCUUCGUAGAACAGCAUAAGGAAAAAGCGUUUUAAAUUUAAAACGCCGUUUAUUUUCCCGUGUUCCACUGUUUCACUUUCUCGUUGUUUAUUGAACUAACAACUCCGUGCCUUCCUCUUGCCCCUUUGUCUUUCGCGUGAAUGGUGUGCCGUGUAAAGCUGCGUCUACACUAUGUAGCAUGACACGUUAUACAGGGUGUCCCAAAAUAGCUUUAAC